AUGAUUAUGAACUAUAAUGUAAUAGAUAAAAUUGAUGUAUUUGACAUUAUAAGGCAUAUAAAAGAUCCAGAGUUUCCAAAAACAUUAGAAGAAUUAAAAGUUGUAAAUGAAGAUUGGAUAACUGUUAUAGAUAAUAAUGACAUAAAUGAUAGUGAUGAUAUCAAUAAUAAUAAUAAUGAAAAUUAUAAAGGAUAUUGCUUUAUAAAGAUAUUAUUUCAACCAACAGUACCACAUUGUCAUUUAGCACCAACGAUUGCAUUAUGUAUAAGAGAGAAAAUUAAAGAAUAUCUUCCAAAGAGAUCAAAGAUUGAAAUAUACAUUAAAAAAGGUACUCACCAAACAGAAGAUGAAAUUAAUAAACAAAUUAAUGACAAAGAAAGAAUUAUAGCUGCGUUAGAAAAUCCUGAAAUAUUUCAAUUAGUUAAAAAAUGUAUAAAAGAAGAUGAUUAUUAA